GAUUAACGUUGUUUCAUAAUGACAUGGGUAACGGAACUGAAGAAAGAAGAACUACGGAUCCCAGAAUGCGUAUGGAGUGGGGGUGCAUGAAAAACAUUAAUACCGUUGCCUUGAAUUUGCAACGGGACUCCCCACAUAGAAGCUGGAGAACAUGGCUGCAGCUUUGUCUCGAGCACUGAAAUUGCCUGGAAAGAAGAGCUCCGAGCUGGGGGAAUAUGACCCUCUCACUCAGGCAGACAGCGAGGACGAGAGUGAGGAAGAUGACCUCGUCCUUAAUUACCCUCGCAACGGACUGGGAAGGGGAAGCUGUUUAGGAGCAGGGGCAACAGACCUGCGGACCGGUAGGGCAGGCAGGCUAGUGGAAGAUGAUGAAGUGGAGGAGGAUGAGGAGGAAUGGAGGGAGCAGUACCCAAGUAAAAACAGACAGGAGAAAGAGGACCUGAAGACCAGGCAGUACUGGAGUCAGAGGGAGGGCAUUAGGGAUGUAGGGAGCAACGGUGGAGGGGGUCCUGGGUCUACAGGGAGCUCAGGGCUGGGUCUUGGCUCUGGUUCGGACCUGGAUGAGAAGGCUGCCAGGCUGAGAGGGACUAUCCGGACCGCCUUUUUCCUGGUGCCACUGUGCUGUGCUGUGCUGCUGGUGCUCCUGUGUGCAUUUCUAUUGCCGUGCAAGCAGGGGGAACUGGACAAUGGGAGUCCACAAUGGGAGAGAGAGCUGGGUGAAGUUGGAGGUGGUUUCUACCCUUCUCUAGCACUCUGGGAUGUAGACAGUGAUGCCACUGAAGAUGUGCUAGUUGGAGUUGCACAGCAGACCAAUGAAAGCCAGCCUGCUGGUUCUCAGGUCUACAGCAAAGAGUACAGCGUCUUGGCUCUCUCUGCGGCCAGCGGGAAGGAGCUUUGGAAGACGGACGUGAGGGAGUCGGUGAAAUCCAUCCAGUGCGGCAUGCAGCCCCAGGCUCGACCUGCAGGGGGCAGACUCCGAGCCUUCCUGCAGGGCUCGCUGGGCCCAGAGGGGGCAUCUGCGGGACGGGCCCAGAGGCCCCUGUGCCUCGUAAUCGGAUCGUCCCGCAUCACGGCAGUCAGCGGAGCCACCGGGAAGAAGCUGUGGUCAGCUUCACCAGGCAAGAUCGUGUCCCAGGCAGUCUUAAUACCGGACCUCAAUGGAGACUCGGUCCCUGACUUCCUGAUUGCCACUCUACCUGUUGACCAGGUCUCGUCUUCCUUUGGCCUUUCGCUGCUCCUGCUGUCAGGAGUGUCUGGCAAUCAAAUCGGACACUCUGUGACCUUUAACCUCACAGCCCGAGGGAAGCCAAUUGGGCCUGAUUUGCAUGUGACCGGCCUGGGGGCGCACUACAUUCUGCUUGGACUGGGCACUGUGGAGGCAGCCUCUCUAAAAGACAUAUACAUUCAGGCAACUGGCAGGGCACCUAUUUCGCCCAUCCUGAAAAUAAAGGACCCCAGUUGGGAAAAACUGAGAACAAACUCCUCUCUCAUACACAUUUCCAGUAACAGUGAACAAGUUGAGUUCAUGCUCCCUCUUGUGGCUGGAUUGUGCAACAACCACAACAACUUCGACUCUAUUUCCAACCUGAACUCCAGCCGCAGUGACUGGGUGCUGGUGUGUGGGUCAAGUAAACUCUCGGUGCUGAGAGAAAGCGACACCCACGCCAAGUGGACUGUGAACUCUGCAGACAUACACGGUCGUCCUGCCCCAGGUCAGUUCAAUGAAGAUGGCAUUCCAGACCUCCUUAUCCAGCAGUCUGUCUCUCCUGGAGUAAGAAAGGUCCAGCUGAUUGAUGGUGCGAGUGGGCGGGGUCUGUGGGAGGCAGAGUUUGUGUGCCCACAGCUGGAUUUAGAGGGCUCUUCCAUUGCGACUUCCUCUGGGAUCUCAGUUUUUCUCUUCUGGGCUGGAGAGCUCCAGACACUAAAGAACAUCACCAAGGCUCCUGCUUCUCAAGGUGUGGUUCCAACUGUGGAUCCAGCUAACCCGGUCCUCCGAAGGCUGUACUUGUUGCAUCCUGCCUAUCCCACAGUCCUCAUGGAGCUUACGACCACCACAGACACCGUGCUCGCUGCUGCAGUCAGUUACCAGGAACAGCAGAAAGAUGCGUCAUACAUUACCAUUUCCGCUCGGCCUGCCAAGCCAGGGGCUCAGGUGGUCAGGACCCUGAGCUUGAGGGCCUCCAUUGGAGGAGCGAAAAUUGUGAGGCUGGGUGAGGACAGAAGAGCUGGAGCCUUUGAGAUCAGCAAGUUCUUCAGAAGUCUCUCCUUCAGACAACAUCAGUGAGCAGAGAAUAUUAUGCCACUCAAGCUGGCUAAAGGAAACCUGAGAAGAAGGGCUCCAUGGAAACGCCAGGGAAAAGUAAACCGCAUUCUGUCUCAUUCAGCAAGGGAGACUCAUUCUUACCGUUUACACUUCAGUUCUAUGUUAGUUUAAAUUUCUAUCCAUAAAUGUGAUUUUAAUUGAGCUCUAAGUAAUAUGUUGUGGGAAAUCUGGAAUAUGGGAAGAAUAUUUAUUUUAUUUUGAGAAAUAACUGUAGGUGUAUUCUUAUUUAUUUACCAUAUCUAAGCAGAUUUACUUUAAGCAAGAAAUGCACUACUGCACAAACCCUGAGCAAAGCAUUCUGCAUUAGCUGCAGUUUGUGAACUUUUUUUUGCAUAUACCAUUAAAUCAAAUGCACACACACACAAAAGAACAAACUCAUAAGCUAACCAUCUGCUCCAUUUGCAGUAAAAUGGUGCCAUCCAGUUUUCCCUCUCUGAUGUAUGGCACUUUUUCAGACUAGAAAAAUGCAGUUACUGACCCCCGAGGUCACAUUACCCCAGUUCACCUUGCAGCGUAGUACUAUAGCCUACAAAUAGUUCUGUGGUAUGUGCUCCCCUGUGCAGUUCAGUAUGGGGGUAUAAUCUAUGGGGUGUGUAAAUAUUUGUAUUGCUGUACAGUACUGGUAAGCAACCCUGUUUCUGGAGAUCUACCAUCCUAUAGGUUUUCUUUUCAACCCUAAUUUAUACCUCCACGCCUCAUUCAACAGCUAAAUACCUGCAUUGAGCUGCUGAUUAUUAGAUUUGGGCGUGGUAAAUUAGGGUUGAAAAGAAAACUCCAGGUACAGGGUUGGUUAACACUGUUGUAGAGUAUUCAUUGUUCUGUCUGAUUUACUGGAAGGAUGUUAUUCCUUUGGACUUGCAAAUAACAAUAGUUUCUAAAAUAUUUAAGAGAAUAUUGCAUUGCCACUUGGUAUUGUAUGUUUAUAUGUUCUGUAAAUAUUAAUAAAAGGUACUUGUAAAUAACACUGAUAUUAAAAUGCUGGAGUGAACUGAGAUGGUGUUACAAAAUGACAAAACAAUUAAAAAUAUUUUAAAAUGCCAAA